GCUCGAUUCCGCUUGAUCUGUUGCAAUCCCGCUACAUCCGCGGCCUGAUCGGGCGCAGUAUAGCCCUUCCAAUGGGGCUCAUUCCUCCCUCAUCCGUCCGACGAAGACCUUCCAGCAGUUGCCCCCUACCCCCCCCCCUCCCUCGAGGAAGAGGGGGGGGUGAGCGGCACCUGGCUCGACAGCCGUGCUGCGCGAGGGCCUCCCGCGCCGCCAGGGCGGCGGCGGCGGUGGCCCGCGGCAGCGGGGCCGCUCGCCCGACUCCUGCUGGGAGGCAUUCCCGCGACCUGGACCAGCGCAUCUCGGACUUCGUCGACGACCAUCAGCUGGAUCCGAAGGUGAAGCGGAUCAUGCAGAACAUGGCCCCUGAAGACGCCGAGAAGGUCCUGGAGGAGGGCCUGAACCCCGAGCGCUGCCGGAACCCCACCGCUGUCGUGGUCUCCCGCAUCAGGAAGGUGGAGAUGGACGCCGGGCGCGCGAACGCUGUCAAGCGCUACGACAAGGGAGGCGGGCGCGGCCGCAGGGCCGACAGCCGCAGCCCGGUCCGCAGCCGGAGCUGCGGCGGCAGCCGCGCCAGCAGCGGCGGCGGCGGCCGCGCGGGCAGCGGCGGCGCGCGCCGCCGUCGCGGCGACUGCAGGAGAUGACCCACCUCCGGGCCGCCCGC